CAAGGAGGAAUCCAUUUUGGCCAGGGCAGGCAAGUCAAGUCUUAGAACAGGAGUUAAGGCUACAAAGAUUGGUUGGGGUCCACUUAGGAAGGACACUGAAAGUCAGGCUAAUCAGUGGAUUUUAUCCUUCAGAAAGAGGAAAGAGAAAAAUGUCAUGACAAGGCAGCGUUUCAGAAAGAUUCAUCAGACGGGACCCGUGGAGCCAGUUCAGAGGCUAGUCAAGGAGUCGUGGGCUUCACGAGGAAUGGCUCCAACUAACGGCCUGGUGGGGGUGAAAUGGAAGAGGGAACGCCAAGGACCUGAGCUGUGGGCUCACCACCACCACUUCCCCGCCUUUCCUCCUACACCCCCUCCCUUGGGGAGAAGCACCAUUCUAAAGGCAACAUUGGGAAGUACUUUUUUUUUUUUUGUCUUCUAAAUCUUAAGCCUAGUGCUGUUGUCACUCCGCUGUCCCAGCUGCCUCAUCUGGGGAGUGAAUUUUGAAAGUCUAAUGAAGGAGGGGUGUUGUGAAAACCUCAUUUGCUGGAGGGCUCCGGGCUCCCAUCUUAAAUCAGUUGCUUUCAGUGCUGGGGAACACCAAGGACACCCCUGCUGUGUAGCUGCUCAGCCUACAUCUUGAGCUAUUUAACGGUCCUUCCCACCUUUCCCUUUGCUCUCAGGAAUGACACACAGAGACACAGCAGAGUGCAAAGACCUUUGCUGCAGAGAGCAAAAACUUCCUAAAGCAUCUUGUGCCCUAUUUUAUUCAACCAAAUAUUUAACAGUAAUAGGGUAAAAAGUGAGUACACAGUCCUUUCCAAAUACUAGGCUACUGUGGGAAUGGUGCUAUCAACAGGAUGAACAAUAUUAAGUUAGGUCAGAUUUGCUGCUUUUUAAGAUUUUCAGAGAAAUUCAAAAUAUUAGAUCCUAAUACCAGAAAUUGGCAGGUCUACUGGACAGAUAAGAUUGUGUCCUGUUAUUUUUCAAUUGCCAUAAUCAAUAAAACCUGCCUUAGUCCUCGAAAGUGACAAUAUAUGAUUGGAAAAAGGAUACACACACAUCCUGAAAAUUCACCUGUAUACAAUUCUAUAAUUGUAGAGAAUUCUUAAACUCAAAGUGGGUUGCCAUUAAGAGCUCUAAGAAGGCCGGCCCCGUGGCUUAGCGAUUAAGUGUGCGUGCUCCGCUGCUGGCGGCCCGGGUUCGGACCCCGGCGCGCACCGACGCACCGCUUCUCCGGCCAUGCUGAGGCCACGUCCCACAUACAGCAGCUAGAAGGAUGUGCAACUAUGACAUACAACUAUCUACUGGGGCUUUGGGGGGAAAAAAUAAAAUAAAUUUAAAAAGAAGUAAAAUAAAAGUUUACAUAAAAUUAUUUAAAAAAAAAAGAGCUCUAAGACCAUGGACUCAUUUAUUAUUAUAGAUAUUAAUUUCUAGUGGGGCUAAAAACAGGUACACAUCACUGUUUCAAAGUGUAUGUAAUUGCAGAGGCUUUGAAAAGGAUAGCGUUCGUGUGCUAGAGUCCAAUGCAGAAGACUUAAGUUAAACUACCUCCCUCCAAGUGUUAAAUAUAGUGUUUCCUCUUAGUGAGCGGUGUUACUGCACAGGUCUGCUUGUUCCCAUGUGUGUUGCAGUUUGAACCGAAAAGCCUAGUGAGGUCAGGGGUAACUUAGUUACAUUAACUGGCUCCCCAGGCCCACAAGUUGGUAGCGCCUUAUUUGGUCACGUAUUCUAGAGUCUUGGUUGUGUGCACAAAAGUUCAGUUGCUAAUACAUAAGUAGUGAUCAACUUUGAGGAACUUACUCAUGCUGAACAAACUCCCGGAAGACAAUUCCCACAUUUUGAUUUAUAGUCACUUUCUGUCCAGGCAGUCCAUUUACAUGGGACACCAGAUCAUAAUCAGAAUGUUGCUGAGUGGGAAAUGGGAUCCAGGAGAGGUAGCUGGAUGACAUGAAUGGUCAGUGGCCUCAAGCAUAGGCUAUCUCAAGCACUUAUCUUGUGGAAGGUGCUAGAUGUAUUGUCAAUGUUUGCCUCUUAGCCUCCCUUUUUCUAGGCCUCAUUUCUGAUCAACAUUCCUUAUGGUCAGUUCAAUCUUCCUUUACCUACCUUGUCUUCGAGUUCAAGGGCGGCAUUGAUACUCGGUCUGGUGGCCAUUCUCUGUCCUUCAAAGUGCCUCUAAAUAUUCUGUUCUGAUUCCUUAUGUUUGUUUACUUUUCCCAUUUAAUUGUCACAGCUUGGAAAGCUUACUUCCAAAUUCUUUGGGGGCUCCAUAUACAACACAAAGAUUUUUAUAUAUAUACAUUAUUUUCCAAAGACUUUUUACUAACUGCACGAUUUAAAUAUUCAUCAACCUAAGAAAUGGGAUUAAGAAUGACCCAAAGGAAAUCACAGCUUUGUUCCAGAGCCAAUGUUUAUGCUCAAGUGCCUGAUGGAGGGUGGGGCUGGGUAGUAGCUGUUUCUUUUUUCUUCGUGGAAGUCUUCACUUAUGGCAUCAUCAAGUCAUUUGGGGUCUUCUUUAAUGACUUAAUGAACAGUUUCGAUGAAUCUAACAGCAGGAUCUCAUGGAUAGUAUCAAUAUGUGUGUUUGUCUUAACGUUUACAGCUCCCCUCUCCACCGUCCUGAGCACUCGUUUUGGACACCGCCUGGUGGUGAUGGCGGGCGGGCUGCUUGUUAGUACAGGGAUGGUGGCGGCCUCCUUUGCUCAGAAGGUUUACCACAUGUACAUUGCACUUGGCCUCAUCUCUGGUUUGGGAUACUGCUUUAGUUUUCUCCCAACUGUCACCAUCCUGUCACAAUACUUUGACAAAAGACGCUCCGUGGUCACUGCCGUUGCUUCGACAGGAGAAUGUUUCGCCAUGUUUGGCUUCGCACCAGCAAUCACGGCUCUGAAGGAGAACAUUGGCUGGAGGUUCAGUCUCCUCUUCGUGGGCCUACUACAGUUAAACAUUGUCGUCUGUGGGGCACUGCUGAGACCAAUCAUUAUCAGAGGACCAGAGUCACCGAAAAUAACCGCACACGAAAAUCGGAAAGAAGUGCAAUAUAUGCUUGAAAAUGAGAAAACACGCACCUCAAUCGAUUCCAUUGACUCAGGAGUAGAACUAACUACCUCACCUAAAAAUGUGCCUAGUCACGCUAACAUGGAACUAGAGCCGAAGGCUGACAUGCAGCAGAUCUUGAUGAAGACCGGUUCCAAGCAAAGCGAUAAGAAACCCCCAUUACUGGACUUCUCAGUCUUGAAAGAGACAAGUUUCAUUUGUUAUGCAUUAUUUGGUCUCUUCGCAACACUGGGAUUCUUUGCACCUUCCUUGUACAUCAUUCCCUUGGGCAUUAGUCUGGGCAUUGACCAGGACCGAGCUGCUUUUUUAUUAUCUACAAUGGCAAUUGCUGAAGUUUUUGGGAGAAUUGGAGCUGGUUUCGUCCUGAACAGAGAGCCCAUUCGUAAGAUCUACGUUGAGCUCAUCUGCGUCAUCUUAUUGACUGUGUCUCUGUUUGCCUUUACUUUUGCUACUGGAUUCUGGGGUCUGAUGUCAUGUAGCAUAUUUUUUGGUUUUAUGGUUGGGACGGUAGGAGGGACCCACAUUCCCCUGCUCGCGGAAGAUGACAUCGUGGGCAUUGAGAAGAUGUCUUCUGCAGCAGGAGUCUACGUCUUCAUUCAGAGCAUAGCAGGACUGGCCGGCCCACCCCUGGCAGGUCUGUUGGUGGACCAGAGUAAGAUAUACAGCAGAGCCUUCUACUCCUGCGCAGCUGGAAUGUUCAUGGCCGCCAUGUGCCUUGCACUCGUGAGACCAUGUAAGAGGGGACUGUGCCGGCAUCACGAUGCAGGAGAAGCGAAGGCAGAGAGUCGUCGUGUGAAAGCUUUACAAGACAUACCCGAAGACUUUCUAGAAAUGGACCUCGGGAAAAAUGAGCAUAAAGUUCAUAUGAAAAUGGAGCCAGUAUGACCCACUUUCAUGUAACAUCAGCCACCCUGUUGGCUGGGGAGGUGCGGGGUGGGGGGACAUAGGGAGGUAGAGGAGCUGACGACUCUACCCACUUUCAAAACUACAUUUUAAAGGGAAUGUAUUCGUGAACACCACUACCAACAUCCUUUUAUUUUUUCUUUUAAGUUUUCCUUUUUGCUUGUUUUUAAAGCCAAAACAAAAUCAACCAAACACUCUUCCGUACAGAAAUCUGGCUGCGUUCGGUAGCAAUACAGAGAUACAGAGGAGGACUCUUUGGUUCACAUUCCGAUUUUAAAAAGUGAUGUGAAUUGGCAAGGUGGUUUAACAGCUCUCACAUGUGAUAAACUACUAUCUUAUAAAGCAACAUGGAGCCCAGGUCAUUGAAAUGACAUUGGCCAUUCAAAGACAAUCUUAAGUCAUUUUUAAAAUUUCUCAUUUUCAGAAAUAGGAACAAAUUGUUUAAAGCCCUUUGAAAAAUACUGAGGUUUCCAUGAACAAAUCAUGGCCUCUCAAUUUUCCAAAUAUUCCAUGGAAAUGAAGUACAGUUUAAGAACAAACAUUUGGCCAAUAAACGGAAAUUUUAACAAUAUAUAUAGCUUGAACUUCAUAAAUGUGAAGAUUACCACUUCUUUUUAUGGCCAGUCAUUUACCAGAAGUAUUUCAAUACAGAAUAUACAGAAUGGCAUUCAAAAAUGUGUUUCCUGUUGCUUUUAAUUAUUCAGAAAUAUGUGAUUGUAGUGUCUUUAAUUUAAACCACUAUUUAUUAUUAAUUUAUUCUAGGAUGAUUAAAAUAAUCAAAAGAAAUAAAAUCUGAGACAUAAGCAUCAUUUUUACCUCCUUUCUGCAGUCGUUUAGAUGCCUCAAAGAAUACUUCUUAUCUUGUAAAGUUACUCUCAUGAAAGUCCAAGUUGUAAUGAUUCUCCAAUUUGAUUAAAGAAAACGUAUGCUAUUUAAAGGGGAAAAAUAUAAUGAACAGCAACUCACCUUAGCUUUUCAAAAUAAUUUGUUUUAUCACCUAAGAAUACUUGAGGAUCUUCUUGAUCAGAGUUAUAUUUCAUUGAAUUGUUGAAGGAUUUCUGAUUUUUUUUUUAAAAAAACAUCUAACUGUUGAAGCAUUUCUGUAUUUCACUUAGGGUAGCAGAGACACUUAUUUUACCAUCACAAGUUACAAGUUGCAAUUUACAGCUUAUCUAAUCCUUGAUUGCUCUGAGUUGCCAGAGUUAUCAGGUGACUGGUCAUCGUUUUUUUUUGGAGUUACACUACGCGUCUAGUAUUUCUCAUUUUAGCAUUUUCUGUACAGAGGGCGAGCGUGAGGAUACCAGGUGGGCUCCUUAGUCAUACGUACUGAGUCUCACUCUCCAGGUGAUGGUCAGCGCUUUGCUGUUCCAUCUUUAUUCGUCUUUACUGUUAAUUUAUGACAACUCAGGGGGAAAAAAUAGAACAAGCCUUGUUUGGUUACAGGUACACACAAGCUUGAAUCUUUCUCUGCACUGAAAUGAAAGUGGCAUAUUUCAUCACCACCUGCGACAUUUUGUAUAGCAUUUUAUCAGCCAUAGAAAUAGACAAUCUGUAAAACUUUGGAGGGGGGGAUAAAACGACAGUGUCCGUCAAAAACAGACACAUCGAAAACAAGGUGGAUGUAGCAAACCUCUGUCACGGCCUGAGAAGGACCUUGAGCUUGUGGUAGUUUUGCAGACUUUUGUGACUUCAGCACUUUACAACAUUUUUUACUAUGAAUGUUCAAUACAAUUUACUAUUUAUAACUAAUUUCUGAGCGAUCUGCUCUGUGUUCAUUCUGUUAACUGCAUGAAAAAAAUGUAUGCCAAUUUCAGUGUGUCAAUAAUCAAAGUUUUAAAUGUUUGGAAGAAAAUUAAAACAGGAUUGCGAUUUGUUCUGUAUUAGUGACAUUCUGGUACUUCUAGAUUUGCAAUAAAUGUAUGGCUUUUUUAUUUAAAGAGA